AAGUAGCUUGGUUUGCAGACACGCCCCUGUAUUGGAAAACGUGAUGACGUGAGUAGGAACACGCCAAAGCGUGUGUAAACGAGUUCAGUGAUGGGGAGGCAAAAUCUAUGUGCAGUUUUAUUUGUUGCAAAGAUUAUAUACUGAAAUUGAAGCUGACAGUUUGAUUGGGACCUUUUUUAAAGUUACGAAGCACGCUAUCAAGAAGUGGAACUAUGGGCUUAAAGAAAAAGAAAGAAAUUCACGUGGAUGCAAUUGUUCUUGAUGUCCAAGUUGUUGAAAAAAUUAAGAGUCUUGCAGCUGUUGAUGAGCAUAAUCUGGCAUCUCUUAUUUUGAAAUGUGUACAGCUUACAGAUGGAGUACAGCAGAUACAACAAGUUAAGCAGAUAGCAUCUUUGUUGCAAAGACUGAAUUCUGAUUUAACGCAAGACCCUGUCAUUCAUGGCUGUUUGGAUAUUUUAGCACUAAUGUACAUAUCCUUAAAUUCCAAGAACCCCUUGAAAAGGGCAUUAGCAAGAUCAUUGAGCAAUAUUCCUACAAAUUUACAAAAUUACAUUGUUAAGGGAUUGAUUACCUGUAUGCAGGAAGAACUCUUGAUCGAGGAUAUGUGUCUUUAUGGAAAGGUGAUCGAUGGGAUUUUGGCUUGCUUGGAUGAUUUUCCUUUAGGUGAAAUGACAGUUGGACAUAUGUUAGUAGAAGUGCUUCAGUUCCUACAAAAAGCGUUGUGUGAAUAUCAAGUGGAGAACAGGAGCUUCAGUGGAAAUCACAUUGCACGGACACAGUUGAUGCACAAUGUACUGAUGGCUGUAAAAGCUGCCAUGGUGUUGAUUCAGAGACUGCAGCCAAUUGUUAAGGAGCGCAUUCACAGAGAUAAUGACACACCACUCGGGGAAGUCGUGUGCGAAUUACUGAACUGCUUCACUAAUCUAUUAACUAAUGAUGACAUCUUGCAGACUGUUCAGGGUACGUCUGCAAUGGCCAUCAUUGUGUUUGUUAAAAUUAUGCUACAAUCUGAAGAAGAGUGCCCUGAUUUGGUGAAUAAUUUGCUCUUUGGUGCAGUGAAGAAAGAUCAUGCACCCGAAUGGCUUGUAAGAAGCUGUGGCAAUCUUCUCAUCCCCGAGCUGCCAGAUUUGACCCUACUUUUCCUGUGCCAAGGAGCAUUGAGCAUGCUGGAUUGGAGAAUAGAAAGCAUGGGACAAAGAGGAGAGCAGUUACUACUGAACAUAGUCACCUUUCUUAUGCCGAUUAGUUCACGAUUAAAGGAGUCUAGUGCAGUGAUGUCAACAUCAAAGAUACUGAACCUUUGGACUUCUUCAGCCUUAGAUGCUCUUGAUUCAGAGUUUUGCUCACAGACUCUUAAAAAACACCUAAAUGGACAUUCAGAAGUUGCCGGGAUGCUGCUGGAGUAUGUAUAUGCACACUGGGAACACCCCCUGGAUGCAGUAAGACACCAAACUAAAUCAUUGUUCAGAAACCUGCUGAAGAUUCAUUGGGCAUCUGUUAAGGGAUGUAACACUGCAGCAACAUCUGACCAUUUCUUUCUAAAGCUGACUGCAGAUUUGUUGGCCUUGGAUUGGCAUGUCAAGGGGAAGUAUGCCUCCCUUGCUUGCCUUGUGGAAUACCUAGGUACUGAACAUUUACUGCAUGUGGAUCGAACUCUCCCUUUGCAGAUCUUAGAGGUAAUGAGUGAGCAGUCUUUUGCCCCUUAUGCAAGUGAUCUCUUUCAAACAUUGUUUAUGAAUCAUCACAAAUCACUUUCUUACUCAAAUUCAAAUGGAAUCUGGUUGGAUAAGUGGCAUGAGACAUGGGUAUCUCCACUUCUUACAUUGCUUUGCGAAGGGGAGCCUUUUCAGACUGUAUACAUAAUUGAAUACUCUCUUCCAAAGUUAAUGAAAUUCAGCCCUGAAAGUUUAAGUCACAUGAUUUGCUUUCUUCAGGCUUUGUACAACUCUCAUUCUGGUUGCCAUGUAAACAGAGGUGCCCUUGGAGCUCUGAUGACAUGUCUGAGAACUGCAAGAGCUUAUGGACUCAUGGUGAUCACUGAAGACCCAACAUGGGAUAGUUUAAUUGCCACUGGCCUAAUUAGACAAGCAUUAGUUCAUAGGCAUGAUGAGGUCCGGAUUGAUGCUUUAGGUUUGAUUUGUGAGAGCCACCGUAGUACAGAAGUGUUGUCAUUGGCAGAAAUGCACCUGCUCAAAUUCUUCCUUUCUUACAACCUGAACACACAGUCACCAUCUGUGAGACAGCAGAUAAUUUGUCUUAUGAAAAAACUUUUUUUCAGGAUACAGCAGGGAGCUCAGGUGUUACUCAGGGAAAUGCUGAGAAAGAAUGGCAUAAACAGUGAAUCCCAAGCUGAAGACCUUGCUUUAAGCUUGCAACAGUACAAGGAUUUUUUGUUCUCUGUCUGUGAUAUUUUGUUUGAAGCUUUGUUUCCAGGUGCAUCAUUCCCUACCAUGUUCUCAGUACUGAACAUUUUAAGACUGAUGGCUGAUAUAUAUCCUUCAUCAGGUGGGCAAAGCCAAAUAGGAUUUCACCUGGCCCUUGCUGUAAAUCCUGCACGAGCACAAACAUUGCUUACUUGUUUUGUUUCCAGUUUUCAAGAAGUAAAACAAUUGGCAUUUGAACUUUUGCUGAAGUUUCCUUUUCCUGUCUUGGGUUUACAGGAUGCGCAAACGUUCCAGCAGUUUCUUCAGGUUGCCUUGGAUUUAAGCACGAGCACAUAUCCCCACGAUUGUGUCACUGCAUCCUACUUGCUUAAUCUUUUCAUACACCAAGAAGGAAUUUUGCCAGCUUUACAAGUCUGCUCAGGGACUAAACAAAUUAGCGGUGACCAUGAAGAUGACACGUGUUGUGAUGACUUUCUGGAGCAACAUGCUUUAGCAGUUAUCACAUACCUGUUGGAAUGCCUCAACAGUGAAAUACAGAAAGCUGAGAAAUGUCUACUGCAGGCAUCAGCCUCAAACCCAAUGUAUGGGAGAGUACACUGUAUCAAUGGAGUUCUGCAACAUCUCUGUUUAAACAAACUGUCCAUGGUGAAUAAAUGGAGACAAGUUGUGACCAAGCUGAUACUGAUGUCAUACAGACUUUCUGAUGUUGUGUCUCCUGUAGUUCAAAGCUCCUCCCCAGAAGGGCUGAUUCCAGUGGACACUGAUUCAGGGGAUGCAGCGUAUUUGCAGAAGAUUUUAAAUGAGGUGCAGCCGCGAGAUACAAAUGAUUAUUUUACCCAUACUCGCCUGUUGACAGAGGAUCAGGAUGGUCAGACUGUAGCCCUGCCAUCGGAUGAGCAGUGUGUGGACAUGAAAGAGAAGGAAGGUCAGAUGUAUGCUGUAACAGCACAGAUGGUGCUUGUCUGCUGCUGGCGGAGCAUGAAAGAAAUAUCCAUGCUUUUGGGGCUUCUUUGUCAGCACCUCCCUCUUCAGUUAACACCAGAGUCGAAAGGUGGAUUGAUCACAGCAGAACAGGUCAAGGACAUUGGACAGUACUUCAAAUUUCAGCUGUUGCAGUCCAGACAUAGAGGUGCAUUUGAAUUAGCAUAUGUUGGCUUUAUAAAGCUAAUCGGAAUGCUUACAAGAUUCAGAAGUUUUGCUGGGUUAAGUCUUCAGGAAGUGGUACAGUGCCAUUUGAUAGAACGUGCCCCCCCUUCUACUGGUGCAGCAGGACAUGAUGCUGGUUGUAGUAGACACAUUGUCCAUCCUGCAGUAGCACAGGAGGUUUCUAUGUACAUUCCCAUCAGGAUUACCUCAUUGCUAUAUUCUGCUUUACUGUCUUCUGAGCCCAAGACAUCAAGUACCAGUCUCCUGAAACAGACAAUGACGGAUCUGCUGUCACUGGCAUCUGUAUCAGGUUACCAGGACGGUGAUGCCAGCAUAAUCCCACAGGUCCAUGCCCUAAACAUCUUACGAGCUUUAUUUCGUGAUGCACGUUUAGGUGAAAACAUCAUUCCUUUUGUAGCAGAUGGAAUGCAGGCAGCAAUAAUGGGCUUUACCUCACCAGUAUGGGCAGUGAGGAAUUCCUCCACUCUGCUCUUCAGCACACUGCUUACAAGAAUAUUUGGGGUAAAGAAAGGAAAAGAUGAACAUGCCAAGAAAAACAGAAUGACAGGCAGGGAAUUCUUCACUCGUUUCCCAGUUCUUCAUCCUUUCUUGCUGAAGCAAAUGGAAACAGUGUCUUCUACAGUAGACAGAGAUGGUGGUAAUACAAAACUUCACCCCAGCCUUUUCCUUUUAUUGUUAAUCCUCAGUAAGUUGUAUCCUUCUCCAAUGGAUGGCACCCACUCUGCUCUAAGCUUGGCACCAUUUAUACCUUUUAUUAUAAGAUGUGGAUAUUGCCCUGUUUACCGCUCAAGGGAGAUUGCUGCACGUGCUCUUGUUCCUUUUGUGAUGGUGGAUCAGGUCCUUUCCACAGUAUCAUCUCUGUUAACUAGCCUUCCUUCAAUUCAUGACACAGACGUGUGGCAAAAUCGGAUUCAUGGAACAUUGCUUCAAGUUCUUCACUUGCUGCAGUCUUUCUUUGAGUCCAAACACAGAGCCAAUUCAAGCCUUCUGCAGGAGCUGUACAACAGUGACAUCAUUGCUUGUAUCAGGACCAAAAACUGGCUGGCAAAGAGGAAAAACCCUUGCUUAGUAACCAGAGCUACUUUCAUUGACAUCCAUAUUAUCCUGUGUAAUUACCUUGGGAAAUUCAGGAAUAAAGAUGCUGCAAUUACUGGAUUCUGGGAAGAUACACUUGAAAUAAUUGCAGAGUCAGAAGUAAUGCAAGAUGUAUGCUACACUUCAGUUGCACCUGGCUUAAUGCAGUAUCUCCAGAGCAUCACACAGCUUAUAAUAUCACUGAUAGUAGUAAUUGCUGACCACAAGUCAUCCUGUGAGACUCUUCCAGAUGUCCUGCAUCAGUUAAAUCCCUCACAGAUUUUCUGUCGACUUCUGCAAUAUAAAUUUUAUGAAGUACGUGUGUUGAUCCUGCAGGCAUUGUUGGAGGAAGAAGUAAAAGGCUAUGCACAGAGUCUUGUUUCUGGCAUGCAGGAAACCAUGAUUACACUUGCUAUGGAAGAAAAGCAACCAGAAUGCCUCAGUAAGGUGCUAAAAUUGCUCUGUUAUCUGGAUAUCAAAAUGCUGUUACCACGGAUGAUGAUAUAUUCAUUGAUGAAUGAGAAGGAACUUCUAAACUGGAUUUUGAAAUUGGCUUGUGGCCCUCAUUACAGUACUGAAAUUCAGAAUGCAGCACUGACAUUUUCUGCAAAGAUGGUGACUCACCUGGUGGAAAAUUGCCAAGAGCAGACAGAAGACAUAAAGCCAGAGUUGAGUCAGUGGGUUCAUACAGUUGAACAAAGCUGUGGUUGUGAGCAGCAGACAGAAAUGAGGUUAGCUGCUGCGGAAGUACUCUUUGGUGUUACCCCAUCCCUAUUGGACAAUCCGCAGCUUCCUCUUGGUCUGCCAGAUACAUUAAUCCUGUGGAACUGUGUCUUUACCCUUCUGCAAGAUGAAGAACAGCUAGUCCGGAAUUCGGUUGCUGACAUCCUCAGGGAGAUUCCCUUUCCUUCAGACACCUAUAAAGAAGCAGCAGUAACCCCAUCUCUGGCCCUGGAUUUGUGCAUCGGGGCUCUUUGUCAGCUGUUAAAAAAAACGGGUCAUGCAUGGCCAGGAUUCCGAACCCUCACAGAAUGGCUACUGGGAGAAGGUGACACAGAAAGAAAUGCAGAGGAUGGGCAAUUGGUGGAGGAUGAAAGCCUUUUUGAAAAGGGAGAAGUAAAUCUGUGGGCAGAGAAGAUUGCUUAUAUACGACUCCUCAAAAAGCAUCUUGUCCACUUCAUCUCUGAGGCUUCUUUUCCAUCCUUUCAGAAGGCAGAAUUUGUCCAGUUGACAGAUGUGGCAUCAUUUCGAGCACAGCAUGUUGAUAAGCUUCUUUUAGCAUUACCUCCUGUUCCACAGUUUUGUAAAACUUUAGAAUACAUGAGGCUGUGUAUAGAACGGGAAAGGAUUACUGUUGCGCAAAGUGUAUUAAACUGCCUAAAAGAGCAAAUGUCUGUGGACUGUUGUUGAAAACCACACAGAAAAGACACUCCUGUGCUACUUUUCAACUAUUAAACAAACAUUUUCACCAACAUCCUUUAGGUAAACUUAUACAGUUGUCUGAUAUGGGGCAUUUGUUUUCUUUUUUGUAAUUUAUAAUGUGGUAACCACUUUUCAUUUUUAAAUACUUCAUUGUGGUAUUUUGGAAAGCUGGAAUUUUGAAUAAAAUAAGAUGUAUGUUUUUAUACAAA